AUGGUGAAUUGUCGGACGACAAUCGUCGCUGCUCGUCGACUUGUGAGCUCCACGACUCGUUGUGCUCAAUCAGGAGCUCCGGGAGCAGGAGCAGGAGGAAAAUUGCCGACUGAGACGACGAAUAAGUUCACGCAGGUUGAAAAAAAGAAAGAUGACGAAAUGCUGGAAACGAUCGACAUCGAAGAUCUACCAAGACCACAGAAACGAUUCGCCAAACAGUUUGAAAAGGUAAACCAAGAGCGUGUGAAGGAGAUCUUCGCAAAGAACUACAAGAAUCACAUCUCGUUCGCCGUGUUGAUUGGCGUCGUCGUCGGAAUCUACUUCUAUACAAUGUAUUCAGUGAAACAGGAGACGUUCCUCGAGGAAAUCGACGAGGAGAUGGCGGCGACGAAUCCAAAGACUCACGGACAUCUUGCCAAGAAAUUGUAG